AUGUUGUUCCCAACUAUCUUGGAGGCAUUGGCACAUCAUGCAGCGAAGGCUCCAGACAAGGUCGUCUUCACCUGGGUCGACAUCAAAUGCAGGGAACAGGAUAACAUGACGUUCAAGCAGCUGGAAGAUCAAUCCAAUACUGUGGCUGCACGUCUUCUGAAGCUGGGAUGCCAAAAGGGAGACCGGGUCAUGGUUGCCUAUCCCUUUGGUCUUGAGUUCUUGGCCGGCAUGUUUGGAGCCAUGAAGAUUGGAGCCAUCCCUUGUUCCAUCUAUCCACCCAAUCCUAACCAGCUCAAAACUGAACUAGCCAAGUUCCGUGGUUUUGCCAAGGAUGCGAAAGCCAAGUACGCCCUAAGCACCAGUGCCUUUGCUGCUGGGAUGACUGCAGCAAGUGUCCUCCACAAGACUGGUGUUACAUGGAUUGGAACCGACAAACUGCCACUCAAGAAAAGCAACUCCAACAAGCCCAAAGAUUACGAAAAAUUUGUGGGAGAGCCAGAAGAUAUAUGUUUUAUCCAGUACACGUCAGGCAGUACUGGACGCCCCAAAGGAGUCAUGAUCAGUCAUCGAAACCUAGCAGAAAAUUGCAUUGCUAUUUCUGCCAUGUCUGGUACAAAUGCUUCCAAUGCUGGUACUACAGUGGGAGCCUUGUGGGUGCCACAAUACCACGACAUGGGGCUUGUGGCAGGCUUCAUGACAUCCCUCUACAGGGGAAUCCAUCUUGUAAUGGCAUCGCCCCUUGACUUUGUUGCAAAUCCACUACUUUGGACUGAUAUGAUUGAGACCUACCGAGCAAGCCUUACCUGUGCCCCGAACUUUGCCUAUGCCUUGCUCCUCAAGAGGCUGAAGCAGACCAACAGGACUGCUGACUGGAGUUGUUUGAGGCGAGCAAUGUUUGGCGGUGAACCCGCCCAGAGCCAUGUUGUGGAUGCAGUGACAAAAACCCUUGCCAUCCAGCCUGAACAUGUCUACAACAUCUAUGGCCUUGCUGAGUCUGUGGUGUUCCUCACAGGUGGCUCUGCCUUCCAUGACUCUGAAGGUCUUGUCUGCUGUGGUGAAGUAGACUCCCCAACCCUAAAGAUUCGCAUUGUUGAGGAUGGAAAAGAGGUUGAAGAAGGACAGGUUGGAAGCAUUUGGGCUCAGUCACCCCGUGUGACAGCUGGAUACUAUGGUCAGUCUGAGCUUACCACCGCAGCAUUUGUCAAUGCUUUGUCGAGCUAUGAUGGUACCUGGCUUGACACUGGUGAUUUGGGCAAGAUUGUGGAUGGGCAACUCUAUUUUACCGGAAGAGUUAAGGAUGUCAUCAUUAUAAAUGGAAAGAACUACUAUCCAAGUGAUUUGGAGCUCUCUAUUGAUGAUGCCUUUGGUGAUGUUAUCCGUCCAGGCAGAACCAGCGCCUUCCAGCAUGGGGAGGACAGUGUUGGUAUCACAGUGGAGGGUCGCAAGGGGUUUGAAAAGUCUGCUGAUGGAGAUUUGGCUGUCCAAAUUGCCAACCACAUCGCGCAAUUUCAUGGGUUGUUUGUUGUGGAAGUUGUGGUGCUAAAAUUGGGGGUGACUCCAAAGACUACUUCUGGCAAGCUGAAGAGAAGUGAGAUCCGGCAGACCACUGUUUCUGGUGAUUGGAAGAAGUCUUCUGUGCUCCUUGGGCUCCAGUGGCAUGAAAACAUUCUCCCAAUGGAGAAGGACAAGUCCACCAACAACCCUGAAAUGCAACGACCUCGCUUUGGCCGGACAGAAGAGACAGAUAUAUCAUCCCAUGGAGGUCUUGUUCACAAUGAGGCAAGAGGGGCUGACUUGUCCAAAGAUUUCAACUCUGCGCUUACCACCAUCUUAGGCUCUGACUUUGACACAUUCAAAACAUGGCAGGAAAAUGGACUCACAUCACUAAAGAGUGCGGAGCUGAGGAACAGAGUGGAAGAGGAUUUCCGAGUGGUCCUUCAAGCAAACUUUGCACAACUUUAUGCAACCCCUAAAGAGCUUGAAGAGUUUCUGGUGUCAUCACAAAGCCAACAUUUUCCUUGUGCCGAGGCUGAUGAGCAUGUUGACUUUCACGGGAAGAGUCCCAGGUCACAACGCAGCAAACUUGAGAUGAGUUUUGUUCAAGUGCUGGGAUUCAUAGGUAUCACACUGGUGCUUUUGACUGCCAUUUUCCCAUCCUACCUUGUUGCAGCAAGACUUUCAAGCAAAUGCAGUAUCUCUGAAGACCAAGAGUGCUUGAAGAACAGUUUCUUGUGGUUUCCACUCCUGUUCCCCCUAUUUAUCUUUUCUUUCUCCAUCAUGGUGGUUCUUUGCAAACUUCUUGUUGUGCACAAGCACCACAACCAGGAAAUCAAUUUGAUGUCCUGGUCCUACCUAUGGUGGUGGUUUGUUGAUCGAUUGUUGCAUGUCUGGGAACUGUCGGUUGGUAGAUUCUUGUUGGAAACAAAGUUUGCUUGGCUCUUCUACUGGCUGCUUGGUGCUGACCUUGCAUGGUCUGCAAGGAUUGAUGCUUUCAUUCGAGAGUGUGAUCUUGUCAGUGUUGGGCCCAAUUCAUCAGUUGGCCAUGCCAUACGAUGCAGAAAAUUCCGACCAUGGACUGAGGGCAGUCCCAGGAUGGUAUUCCGUCCAAUCAUUGUUGGGCCAAAUUGCAAGGUGUCUGGAAUGGUAAGCCCUGGGGCUGUUAUUGGAGCUGGGUCCAUUGUCGAGAAAUUGACCGUGGUGGAGGAAGGAGCUCAAGUUCCUGCUAAUGUCAUUGCCAGAGGGAUUCCAGCGCACAAUGCCGGUUCAUGCACCAGUCCUGAGUCAAACUGGCAGGACGAGUCCCUGCUCGAUGCUUUCAAGGCUCUCUGGAUGCUUUCAGAAGCCUACCACUACUAUGCCCUAUACUUCCUUGCCCAUGCAAUCCUCAAAGACACCUUGCCUAUCUGGCGCUACCAUGUUGUUCUGCAUUGGUUCCUGCUCUUUCCUCUGGCUUCAUUGGUGGCUAUGGUGACUAGCAUCCUCAUGAAAUGGCUCUUGAUAGGAAGAAGAGAUCCAUCAGAGGAGUACGAGGGUACAUUGUGGAGGAGAGCUACCAACUGGGCCUGUGACUACCACUUUCGAGUUGCUGCUUGGAUGCUUGGCAAGUUUGUAGGGGCUUCCAGAUUUGAUACAUUGAUUCUAUGGUGCCAUGGUCUUGAUGUUGAUGUUGUGUCAAUUCUGCAUACUGCCUCUACAAUUUUUUCUCCUUCGAAUGUUGAUUUUGUAAAGAUACGCCAAUCCUUCCUUUCUCUUACGGAAAUCGAACUGGAUAGGCCAUCCGGGGAGAAAAUUGAGAUUUCCAACAGUUCCCUUGGAAGAAACACCAUUUUGUAUGCUGGUGCUAAGGUCAUCGGAUCAAACAUCCCAUCCAGAAGUCAGGUCUCUGACAAGAUCUAUGACUUAAACCCUCCAAACACCAAAUUGGCGGUAACACGGAGCUUCAUCCUCCUUGAAGUGAUUCUUCCUGAAGUUGCCCUCCUGAUUUUGAUUUCCAUCAUCUUUUGGAGCAUUAUCCCUGCAUUGGAGUUGGCUAUAGCAAUUACAGGAAGCAACUCUUCUCCAACUGUGCUUGUAAUUGUUCUUGUGGGGGCUGUUGCCUUUCAGUUUUUUGGCUGGAUCCUCCUUGCCAGGAUUCUUGAGUGGGUUUUUCUCAAGGUGGUGCCUCCCUCUAUCCAGAGAGGACUGUUCCGUGUCUAUCUCUCUUUCAUGAACAGCUUCCGCCACUUGAACCCUCUGGAGGUUCUUCUAAUGGGAACACCAUUCUUCAAGCAUUAUGUUCUAUUCAUGGGUGCUAAAGUUGAUGGCGAUCUUUGGUUCUUUGAUUGCACUUUUGAUGAGUUUGGUAACUACCACUUCAAGGGAAACACAAUUGUGGACAAUGCCUACCCCCGUGGGCACUAUGUUGACAUCAAUGGGCUCACAUUGAAUAACGUCUAUGUUUCUGGGAUUGUGCACCCCGGAUGCUAUAUUGCAGCUGGAGCUGUUGUGGGAGGCAGGGAAAACGGCCCAUGGAAAUCAUUCUUUCCCUCAACCGCUGAGAAGGUUGUUUCUGGCAAAAGGCAGAGUCUCCAGGGCAGCACUUGUCUUAUGGGGAGUGAAAGUCUCUGCCAGAGCUCUCGAUUACAUGAGUUUAGUGUAUAG